AUGAUAGCCAAUCGGCACCAAGGAGAGGUGCAGCAGCUCCGUCCCGAGGUGCGGAAUUCCCCCCAGAUGAAGUUUGCCCUCCAGGUCUUCUCAGCCCUCAACAACAACAACUUUGUCCGCUUCUUCAAGCUUCUGCAGGCGGCCCCGUACCUACCUGCCUGUAUCAUGCAUAGUGGCACAGUGGCAGGUUUGGGAAGCUUGUGUGAUGCCUUUAAGUAUAGACACAUCCAGAACUCAAACACUAGCACAGCCCAAUUAAGAUGUAAAUACUUUUACCUGUUCCAGGUCCGUACACAGUCCAUCAAGGUGAUGAACAGAGCCUACUCCAUCACUGGUCGCACCACCCAGUUCCCGGUGUCAGAUUACAUGCGCAUGAUGGGGUUUGAAGAUGAGGAUGAGACUGCCAUCUUUAGCGAGGCGUUUGGCCUGGCCGUGUUGGACGGUGCCGUCGGGUUCAGCCGUACGACCUUCAUCGAGGGGGAGAGUAUUCCCCGGGCCAAACGGCUGGCUGUCGUCGCGAGCAAGAGGACGGUUUCUGUCGGGGAGAUAGUGCAGGGUAGCCCACUCCCUCCCAACACCGUCCACGUGCCAAAGAACAGUUUUGAUGGGUCAGGGUUCUUCAUCGGAGGCAGCCUGCCCGACGUAGGCAUGGACACCCAGCAAGUGAAAGAAGCAGCGGUGCCUGCUGUGGAAGCCUCCACCAAGACAGAGCCCCCACCCCCCUAUACCCAGCCCCCACCGCCCUACACCCAGCCUUCACAGCCCUCUGUUCCAGUAUCACUUCCUGCCCCUGCAAAACCUCCUGCAACCCGCUUCUCCAACGAGGCCAUCAAGGAGGUUGCCCGGGAGCUGUUCCUGGAGGUUAUCCAGGAGUUUUGUCAGAACAUGUCCUCCCACAUGGUGGGUCUGGCCGACAUCAUCAAGGGUUCCGCCCUGUACCUGGAGGACUUCGUGGAGCAGAGCGUCGGCGACAUGGCGCGGGGGGUGGCACAGGAGGUGGUGGCGGAGGAGAGGGCCAGGAUUCUCAGGGAAAGGCUUGCAGCAGAGAGAGCCGAGGAACUGAGACUUUGUCAGGAGAGAACAACAGAAGUAGUAUGCCAGGAGCUGGUGGAGGAACUUCUGGGGGAGGAGGCUGUUUCUCUGGCCACUGCACAAGCCAGGGAGGUUCAUCUGCAACUGAAGAAGGAGUCCAUAGAGAGAUGUACAGUGGACAUCAGCAGGGCUGUGCAGGAGGAGGUAGUAGUAGAGGGAGUGCGGGAUGUAUGUCAGGAGGUGGUGAGGGCAGCUGAAGAGCUGCGGGACCAGCACCUGGUUGAGCUGGAGCAGUGUGUACAGCUGAUGCAAACCGCACGGCUCUGGAAAAGGUGGCGCGCCAGCUAUGCCAUGAGAAAGCGAUUACGCCGCUCCAUGCAGGAGUUCCCCAGCGCCCCCACACAGCGACUCCCCUGGCAGAAAAUCCAAGCCUUCUUCAGGAGGAAGAGACCUGUUGCCAAUCCUAUGAGUCUUGUGAAGAGUUGGGAGGUGACGUCCCUCGCUAUCGACAUGCGGAGACUCCAGGCUAGGGUGAGGAGAGAGCGGGCGUGGGCUCCUCUCGACCUGGCCGCCAUUGUUGGAGAACAGCUGACGAAGACACGAGCAAACCAGUCCAAACCAGCCGUCAGACAACACGCAAAUGUCUACUGGAAACUGGUGUUGUCUUUACCAGAUAUAGAGGAAGAAUCCCCAGCCACUGCCCAGCUGUGUAAAUGGCUACAGACUAAGCUGAAGAAAGGCUCCAUCCCAGACUCCUUAGGGCCCUCCCUGUCUACAGACUCACACAAGCUACAGACCCUGUCCCUGUACACUGCAGAGGCUGGGGUUCCGGGCAAGAAGAUCUGCAUCUGCACUAAGUGCAGGGCGCUCUAA